GAGGGAGAGAAGAUGGCGGCGGCGGGGCGCGGGCUGCUGGCGGCGGGGCUGUUCCGCGGGCGGGUCGCCAUUGUCACCGGCGGCGGCACCGGCAUCGGCAAGGCCAUCGCCGCCGACCUGCUGGCGCUAGGUUGCAGUGUUGUUAUUGCCUCUCGUAAAUUUGACCGAUUAAAAGCUGCUGCAGAAGAGCUGAAUGCCAGAUUUGCUUCCAUGAGUCCUGCCCGAGUGACCCCCAUAGAGUGCAAUAUCCGCAAAGAAGAAGAGGUAGAAGCUUUGGUGAAGUCUACACUGAGUCUGCAUGGGAAGAUUGACUUCCUGGUGAAUAAUGGAGGGGGCCAGUUUGCAAGUCCUUCUGAAGCCAUCCGUGCAAAAGGCUGGAAUGCUGUGAUAGACACAAAUCUGACAGGGACCUUCUAUUGCUGCAAAGCAGUGUACAAUGCCUGGAUGCAAGAACAUGGAGGAGCCAUUGUCAACAUUACUGCUGCCGUGAGAAAUGGCUUUCCUGGAAUGUCGCACACAGGAGCUGCAAGAGCUGCAGUGGAUAACCUAACCAAGACUUUAGCUUUAGAAUGGGCUCACAAUGGAGUGAGAAUCAACAGCGUUGCUCCCGGACUGGUAUUUUCGGAAACUGCUGUUGCAAACUAUGGAGAACAAGGUGUAAUGAUGUGGUUAAAGAGCAUACCAAAGGUUCCUGCCAAGAGGUCAGCUGUCCCUGAGGAGAUCUCUCCUGCUGUAUGUUUCCUGCUGUCUCCAGCUGCAUCAUUCAUAACUGGGAUAACCAUGGUCGUGGAUGGUGGCCAGAGUUUGUAUGGCCAUAGCCUAGAAAUACCCGAUCAUGACAAAUGGCCCUCACCACCAGAAGGAAAAAAUUCUGAAAUGCUGAAAAAGCUUGUUUCUGGCAAGUUCAAACCAAAACUGUAAAAGAAAGAGAUUUUACCCUUGCUGAUAAUCUCACUUUGUGAUUUGACCAUAUUAUUCUUAGUAAUAAUGUUUUUUUGCUCAUAUGUAACUACAUUAAGUGCCUUGAUUUUUGUUGAUUUAUAUUUAAAACUUUUGAAAUGCUUUACAUUGUAUGUGUCUUCUUUGAAAAUCUCACUCUGAAAACUUUCAGUCUUUUGGGGAGGGAAAAGAUAUAAAAGACUAUCCAUUUGCACAGACAUUAAGUAAUGAAGAAUCCCAGCAAGAAGGGAACACAAAGAAUACUUGUUUUGCAGUGAAGGUAACCAAGAGGGAAUGUUUAGGAAUCCUACUGUCCUCGAUGAAUUUAUGCAGAAGGUAAUUUAAAUCUUUUACUAUUAGUUGCUUUAGUAACCCUUGGGUCAGUAUUAGCUCUACACUAUUUCUGUUCAGCCACAUACUGAUUGUUCAACAAUGGUUUUAAAGACCAAGUAGGGUAUGUGUAUCUCUGAAAAUAAAUAAAAAUAAGAUGGAAUACUGUUAUUAAUGUUUCAAACUAAUAUGGCAUAUCAUAUUUUGAAUGUUUUUAAUUGUUUGCAGAUAUAAUGACAUAAUGGAUUUAAGGUGGCUGCAACUUAAUUUUGAUAACAGAAUAAACUGAUAAUAAAUACAGUGAUGGAAAACAAUAUAUAUUCAACAAUUUAACAUGCCAUAUCCAUGGUGUAUAUUGCAGUGCUCUCUGCAGAAUGCUACACUGUAAAAGAGAAAUUUGGAAUUCUUCAUUUGCCAGCUGAAACACCUUUUAUCCAUACUUGUUGUCUUACAAUGUUAGCAGAAUUUUUUUCAUCACUUUCUUUAGGUGUGGUUUUUGUGAACAAUGCAGAGAUGCCAUUUAAAAAUAUAAGUGUUGUAAUACAUCACUUGAAGAGGCUAUAUUUGUAAAUUUUUUGUUCACUUUAAGGCAAAUGUUCCCAUGUCUGCUCACGUUAGUGAAAAUAUAAAAAAUACUUAAUGACUGUGUUUGUUUGCUGUAAAAACUGAAAUUCCUGGAUUCAAGUUGCUGCUAUAGAAGGGAACUUUUAGUACUUCAUUUUGGACUGAAUGUAAAAGUUUGAUGGUUGUUUUUUCUCUGCAAAGAUGUUUGACUUUUGUGUCUUUCAGUAAAAUGUGUUCUUAUAUAGGUACAUGUAGAUUGCUAUAUCAUGAAAAUGAAAUGAAUGACAGUUUUUUGGGGGGAGGGUAGUUUGAGCCAUCAUGUGUGUUCUUUCUGCUUUAUCCUCUUUCUGUAGUAACUGAACAGUCAUUUAUGUGACUGUGAGAAAUUGGUACAGAGAUAAAGCCAACUUUUUUCAAACCUCUUGUGCAAGGUAUAUUUUGUUUAUUGCAAAUAUUAGUUCAGGGUACUCAGCAAGAGGAUUCCUGGAAGCAAAUGCAUUUGUUAGAUAAAUAACUCUAGAAGUCUAGCCCAUUGCAUUCAAAUGAAAUUAUUUAGUUUAUUAACACAUUGUUUUGACAUCCUUGACAUCUUUCUGGGAAAGAAGGUUAAACAUGAAUGAGCUUGAGACUUGUGGAACUUACUUUCUCUUUAUGUUUGACUGUGAGUUUCUAUGGUACAUUUCUGAGCCAGGUACUUUGGCUUUAAAGUGAAAUGAAGUGAAUUGAUUACUUUUAUUAUAUCCCAGAAAUGUUCACUGAAAUAUUUGAGUACAAACUUGGAAAUCAUCAAUUUUUAAUCUUGCAAAUUUCCUCUUUAACUAUGCUAUAGUGUGUAUAUUUAUAAAGAGGGGAAGUUUAUAUGUAAUGAUGGUGAAAUUAAUCAUUCACCCCAGGAAAUCAUGAGACCAUCAGAAAGGUGAGCAUUCUUCUGUGUGGGAGAUAGUUUCAGUCUGCAGUUAAUAAAUUCCUUCACAAGUAAAA